AUGCAGCUCACGCGACCGACGACGGUGGCCCAGCUGCUGCUCCUCUGGGCGUCCGUCGGCGAGCUGUGCUCGGCGGCGCCGCACUACGACAGCCCGCGCGAGCGCCUCCGCCGGGGUAUGGACAUCCCCGCGGGCUACCGCAAGAAGAGCACCGGCAACCCGUACACGCCGGGCUUCAGGGACCCCAACGACGGCGCCGUCGACUCGGUCGGCGACGGCCUCGACCCGCUGCCCUUCCGCAACGGCCUCGGCGCCUCCGUCCUGGGGCCCUGGAACGCCGAGCGAUCCCGCCAGAACCCGGACCUCGUGCGCCCGCCGUCGACCGACAAGGGCAAUAUGCCCAACAUGCGCUGGAGCUUCGCCGACUCGCACAUCCGGAUCGAGGAAGGCGGCUGGACUCGCCAGACGACCGUCCGCGAGCUGUCGACCAGCGUCGAGCUGGCCGGCGUCAACAUGCGUCUCGGCGAGGGCGUCAUCCGCGAGCUGCACUGGCACAAGGAGGCCGAGUGGGCGUACGUGUUGGACGGCGAGGUCCGCGUGACGGCGCUCGACUACGAGGGCGGCAACUUCAUGGACGACCUGAAGAAGGGAGACCUGUGGUAUUUCCCCUCCGGAGUGCCUCAUUCGCUGCAGGGCCUGAGCCCCAACGGCACCGAGUUCCUCCUCAUCUUCGACGACGGCCGCUUCUCCGAGGAGUCGACGUUUAUUCUCUCCGACUGGCUGGCCCACACCCCCAUGUCCGUCAUCGCCGAGAACUUCCACCUCGAGCCCGAGGUCUUCAAGCACCUCCCCGAGAGCGAAAAGUACAUCUUCCAGGGCACCCUCCCAGGCCCCAUCGACGAGGAGCGGCCCAAGGGCAAGCACGCCAAGAAGUCGCGCUUCAGCUUCACGCACCGCAUGCUCGAGCAGACGCCCGAGCGGACGUCGGGCGGCGAGGUGCGCAUCACCGACUCAAGGAACUUCCCCAUCUCCAAGACGGUCGCGGCGGCGCACCUGACGAUCCAGCCCGGCGCGCUGCGCGAGAUGCACUGGCACCCCAACGCCGACGAGUGGUCCUUCUUCAUCGCCGGCCGGGCGCGCGUCACCAUCUUCGCCGCCGAGGGCACGGCGCGCACCUUCGACUACGUCCCCGGCGACGUCGGCAUCGUGCCCCGCAACAUGGGCCACUUUGUCGAGAACAUUGGCGACGAGCCCGUCGAGAUGCUCGAGAUCUUCCGCGCCGACGAGUUCCGCGACUUCUCCCUCUUCCAGUGGAUGGGCGAGACGCCCAAGAAGCUCGUCGUCGACCACCUGUUCAAGGACGACAGGGCGAACGGCGAGAGGUUCUGGGACGAGGUCAAGGAGGCCCAGAAGGACCCCGUCACCAAGUUCCAGAGGACCAGGACCGGCGGCUCCGGCGACGCGCAAAAGGCCCAAGAGUUGUAA